UUAGUAGUUUAUAUUUAUUAAAUAAUUGUAUUUCCAUGUUCUGUGGGAGACCAGAUAUAGUGAAUGCAGGGUCCGGGGAGACCAGAUAUAGUGAAUGCAGGGUCCGGGGAGACCGGAUAUAGUGAAUGCAGGGUCCGGGGAGACCGGAUAUAGUGAAUGCGGGGUCCGGGGAGACCAGAUAUAGUGAAUGCGGGGUCCGGGAGACCGGAUAUAGUGAAUGCAGGGUCUGGGGAGAGCGGAUAUAGUGAAUGCGGGGUCUGGGAGACCGGAUAUAGUGAAUGCAGGGGUCCGGGGAGACCAGAUAUAGUGAAUGCAGGGUCCGGGGAGACCGGAUAUAGUGAAUGCAGGGUCCGGGGAGACCGGAUAUAGUGAAUGCAGGGUCCGGGGAG